GGGUGCCGACCGAACGAAGUCAAAACACACCUAAGUCAGUAGGAAACCUCUGCUCACUUCUCUCUGUGUAUCUCUCUUUCCACCAGUGUCUCAUCGUCCACACCAGAAUGCUGUGAAACGAGAUUUGUGGUUUACUAUUACUACCCCAUAUACAGCAUCUCCAAACAAAACCAGAAUCUUACCAGUAAAAUUCUUAUAAUCAAUCAAGUACUGCUACUAAAAUUAAUUAAGCUGCACACAUGCAAAUACAAGCUGAAGGUGAAGCCUCUUCUUCUGCAUCUUCCUAUAGUUCAGGGUCAGGGUCAGGGUCAUGGACCUACCUAUACCACGUUUUCUUGAGUUUUAGGGGAGAAGACACUCGUAAAGGAUUCGCCGACCAUCUCCGUGUUUCACUGCAAAGAAAAGGAAUCACGUUUUUCAGGGAUGACAAAGACCUUGAGAGAGGUGAAGUCAUUUCACAAGAACUUUUAAAAGCGAUUGAAGAGUCUAUGUUUGCAAUCAUCAUACUCUCACCAAACUACGCUUCUUCUACUUGGUGUUUAGAUGAACUCCAAAUGAUUGUUGAGUGUAAGAAUAAACAAGGCCUACAAGUCUUUCCAAUCUUCUAUGGUGUGGAUCCCUCUAAUGUGAGGCAUAAAAAAUAUAGCUUUGAGGAAGCUUUCAAAAUACAUGAACUGAAAUUCGGAAAAGGCAGUUACAAGGUUGAAAAUUGGAGAAAUGCAUUAAGACAAGUUGCUGGUUAUUCUGGCUGGGACUCCAACAAUCAGCCUGAAGCAAUGCUCGUCGAUGACGUUGCUCAACACAUUCUUAAAAAGUUGAUACCAAAACUGCCAUCUUGCAAUGAAAACCUUGUUGGGAUUGAUUCAAGGGUGGAGGAAGUGAACAGGCUCAUUGGAAUAUGGUUGAAUGAUGUUCGCCUCAUAGGCAUAUGGGGCAUGGGUGGCAUAGGUAAGACAACUAUCGCAAGAGCAGUGUAUGAAGCAAUAAAAGAGAAUUUCGAAAUUAGUUGCUUUGUUCCCAACGUUAGAGAGGUAUAUGAGAAAAAUGGUUUGGUUCAAUUACAAAAGGAUCUUCUUUCUCGUCUAAAUAUAAACAGUUGUGAUAUUCACGAUUUGUAUGAUGGGAAAAAGACAAUAAGAAACUCUUUAUGCAAUAGAAAGGUUCUUCUUGUUCUUGAUGAUGUAAGCCAUCGGAGCCAAUUGGAAAAUUUGGCUGCAAAGAAAGAUUGGUUUGGUGCAGGAAGCAGAGUAAUAAUCACAACAAGAGAUAUGCAUCUGUUAUUGAUACAUGGUGUGUACGGAACUUAUGAGGUUGAAGGGUUAGUCCAAACUGAUUCCCUUCAUCUCUUUUCUCUCAAAGCCUUCAAACAAACUCAACCUGACCAAUGUUAUAUGGAUUUGUCCAAAGAAGUGGUCAAAUAUGCAAAGGGUCUUCCAUUGGCACUGGAGGUGUUGGGUUCCUAUCUUUAUAGAAGAUCCGUUGAUGUUUGGCAUAGUGCUUUGGAACAAAUAAAAAGUCAGUCACAUCCUGAAAUUCUAGAUACACUGAAAAUAAGUUAUGAGGGCUUAAAUGCAAUGGAGAAGAAUUUAUUUCUAGAUAUAGCAUGUUUCUUCAAAGGAAUGAAAAGAAAUAAAGUAAUAAAGAUAUUACAAAAUAGUGGCCAUUAUCCCAUUAUAGGAAUUGAAGUUUUGAUUGAAAGAUCCUUGGUAACUAUAGAAUGGUGGAGUGAUAAUUUGGAGAUGCAUGAUUUGAUUCAAGAAAUGGGCAGGAAUAUUGUAUUCCAAGAAUCUCCAAAUGAUCCUGGAAAGCGCAGUAGAUUGUGGUCUCGUGACGAAAUUGAUACUGUGUUUACAGAAAGUAAGGGAACUGAGGUAAUUCAAGGAAUUGUUUUAAACUUGCUUCAACCACACGUAGCAAGCUGGAGCACUGAAGCCUUCUCCAACACAAAGCAGCUAAAAUAUCUCGUUUUAGAUGACCUGAAACUUCAAUUUGGUUUGAACUUCCUUCCUAGUUCACUAAAAGUUCUUCAUUGGAGAGGAUGCUCUUUGAAAACUUUGCCACUCAUGGAUCGGUCAUAUGAAUUAUCUGACAUUAAAUUGUCUCAUAGCGAAAUUGAACAAGUAUGGCAUGGAGAAAAGUUUCUGGAAAUGCUGAAGCACUUGGAUUUGAGUUUUUCCAAGAACCUAAAGCGAUUGCCUGAUUUUUCUGGGGUUCCAAAUAUUGAAACAUUGGAUCUUGGAUUUUGCAGUAGCCUAGCCGAAGUCCAUCCAUCCCUUGUACACCACAAGAAACUUGUUACAUUGUAUUUGGAUUAUUGCACAAGUCUUAAAGCUCUUCCAAGUAAACUGGAGAUGAGUUCCCUGAAGGAGCUACAUCUCGAUGGUUGCUCUGAAUUCAAAAUUCUUCCAGGAUUUGGGGAAAGUAUGAAACAUUUGUUAGUGCUUUCUUUGAAGGGAACAGCUAUAAGAAAACUUUCCACAACACUCGGAUGUUUAGUUGGCCUUGAGGUUUUGAACUUAAAGAAUUGCAAGCUUUUUGUUUCCCUUCCAGACAGCAUGCAAAGAUUGUGCUCCUUGAAGAAGUUGGUUCUUUCUGGUUGCUCUAAAUUUAGAAAUCUCCCUGAGUUUGGGGAAGGUAUGAAAUAUCUAUCGAAGCUUUAUUUGGAUGGAACUGGUAUAAGAGAACUUCCCACAUCACUUGGGUGCCUAGUUGGCCUUGUUCGUUUGGAUUUAUCGUAUUGCAAAAAACUUGUUGGCCUACCAGAUGCCAUUGGUAGAUUGAAGUCCCUUAAAUACCUAUAUAUCUAUGAAGCCUGGAAGCUUGGUAAAUUAUCAUUUUCUGGGAAUGAGAGGCUGGGGUUUAAGAGUCAACCAACUCACAUUAGACUUGGGUUUCCACCUUCUCUCUUGAAUCUGCCCUCUCUGAUCUCUCUACAUUUAUCUUAUUGCAAUUUGUCUGAGAAAUCAAUUCCACAUGAUAUUUCUAACUUAACAUCAUUGAAGAAGUUGUGGAUGAAGGGUAACAAGUUUGUGACUCUGCCAAUAAACAUUUCUAAACUUUCAAAGCUGGAACUUCUUUCAUUGACUCAUUGCACAAUGCUUCGAUGCUUGCCAGAGCUUCCCUCAAGUAUAAGGGGAUUGUUUGCAAGCGAUUGUUAUUCACUGGAAACAUCCAACUUCAAUUUAUGCAGUCUCUUUGCAUCAUGUGGGCAAUGUCCUCCUAAGGUAGCAGAUUCAUUUGACAUGGUGAUCACAAGGAGUGAAAUUCCAUCAUGGUUUAUCCAUCAAGAAGAUGGUGAAUAUGUUUCAGUCCCUCGUAAUUGCCCGCUGAAUGAUAGGGUGGGAAUUGCUUUGUGUUUCCUAUUAAUAAGUUAUGCAGAUCCAUAUGAGGGAUUCAAUUAUGUAGUCAAAUGCUGUUUAGGUAGCCCUUUGGGUAAAUGCAUCAGGGAAACACGUUUAUCUCGGAUGGAGUCGGGUUAUGCUCACCUUUAUAUUCUCUUUCUAGCUGAUCCUCAAUCCUGGGGCCAAAUUUGCCUAGGUAGUCGCUUUGGACUGUUUCAAAAAGCAAAAGAUUUUACCGAUGAUGACAAAUGUGGUCAUCCAGAUCUAUUGGAUUUGAAAGUAGUGAGCUGUGGUUCCCGUUGGUUAUAUAAAAAAGAUAUUCAAGUUUUGAACAAUACCAUUACCACCAAGCAAUUGCAACCCAACUCAGAGAUAUUGGAGCUCACCACAUAGUACCAUCAACCUUUCCAGAGAUAUGUUACUUGAGCUUAGUGAUACUGUUUAUAUGAGACCAAUUCAAUCUAUACACUAAUAAAUUCUGUCUGUAUGUCAAUAUCUUUUGUUGUGUAUUUGCUUGAAAUUGAAAUGAACGCCUUUGUGUUAUGUGUUUUU